CUUACCCAAUGGUUGCUAAACCACACCUCCCACGUCUCUUCGCGAUCGCCACCGGGAUCGAAGACGACUCCUGUCUCGGCCUCCGUCCUCCUCCUCCUCCUACUCCUCCAAACCCAAACCCUAGCAUUCUUCUGAUCGAUCUCUAGGGUCUAGUUUGGUCUCCUCCCACGGCGAUGGCGUCCGAUGGCGGGGACUUCGACCUCCCGGACGAGAUCCUCGCGGUGAUUCCCGUUGACCCCUAUGACCAGCUCGACCUCGCGAGGCGGAUCACCUCCAUGGCGAUCUCCUCACGUGUCUCCCGUCUUGGGGCGGAGGCCGGGCUCUUGCGGCAGAAGAUCGUUGAUCGGGAUCGGGUGAUCGACGAGCUCCAGGACAAGGUCGACCACCUUGAUCGAUUGGUCCAGGAGUCCCAUGCCCGCCUCAGGGCGACGCUCGAGGAGAAUGCUACGCUUAGUGAGGAACGUGUUACGCUCGAUAUGACGUCGAAGAAACUGGCCAGAUACUUGUCCAAGUUGGAGACAUUCAAGAGGCACCUGGUGAAGUCACUGAGUGAUGACAAUUUAUCUCAACUAUCAGAAGCAGUUGAUAAUGAAAUGUAUAAACAACCAAUUGCUAGAAUCUCUUCUUGGAGAGAUGACGAUUCGAUUAGUCACGUUGGAUCUGAUGUGGCUAAUGGACCAGCAGAAACAGGGGAUUCAACUCAAGACGGAUCAAAGCAUGUCAUGCAUCAGUUCUCUAUCACACCGUACAUCACGCCAAGACCAACACCCUCUAGCACACCAAAAUUCUUUUUGGCUGAUGAUUCUCCUAGAGGAUUCUCAACUACAGAAUCAUCACCUAGAGUUGUGUCUGAGGCAACAUCACCAUCAAAGCCUCAACUUGAAGGGCGUGGCUCCAUGUCACAUUGGUAUGCUUCGAGUCAGCAAUCAUCUGCAUCGUGCUCUCCUCCUCACAGGCAAUCUAUGCCAGGAUAUACUCCUCGUAUAAUUGGGAAGGAAAUCUUUCGUCAAGCCAGGAGCCGUCUCUCAUAUGAGCAGUUUGCAGCAUUUUUGACCAUUGUUAAGGAGUUCAAUGCUCAAAGACAAUCACGCAAGGAAACUUUGGCUAAGGCAGAAGAGAUUUUUGGUACAGAGCAUAAGGAUCUCUAUAUCUCCUUUCAGAGCUUGCUAAAUCGUACACUACCAUAGAUUUUUAUUUGGUGUGUGGAGUCAGGGGUCGUGCAACUCAACGAUCUUAGAGACGGACACCAUCUACGAGGGAUCUCCGAGCCAUCACUUUUUUGGACUUGCAGGUGGCAUGUAAAUAACCAUCAUUGACAUGCUCUUAUUUGUUGCAACAAGACAAACUGUUCCGGACAUUAUGUUGUUGUACAGAAGAAUUCAGAUUAUCAUUCAAGGGAGAAUUAUUUUCCUGUUAACUGUGCAAGUAUAUGUAGUGUAAGAAAGAUGUUGCGUUGAAGGAUGUGUCGUUGAUAAAUUAGGGUAUGACUCAUUGCAGUGACAAUUCCUUUUCCUUA